UUUAGAGUCGGGAAGAUUUUUACCCACAGAAAGUGGCUGUCUGCACUGCUCCGAGCGCCCGCUCGCACUCGCAGAGAAAGAACGAGAGAGCGUGAGAGGAGAAGGGGAAGGGAUGGAGAGCGCCUCGGGCUGAGAGAGUCCUCGGGAUCGUGUCUAGCUGUUGUUUUUCCACUGAUGUCGCUGUGGGGUUUUAGCAUUUAUUUAUUGCUCUUAUUUAUUGUAACUAUUUAUUCAGAGACGGAUUGGGUUCGGUUGCAUCGCAGGCGUAUAAACAUGCCAGAGACGGAGGCUGUUAUGCGGCGGAUGUUGUGUGCCAAAGACACACAGAGAGGAAAAACAUAGAGGAGGAUCUUCUUCCGGGAAUUUUUUACCAUCGGACAGAACCGUGGCGGAGAUUUAAAACUCAAAACUACUGACUUUUCACGUUUUUGUUUGUGUGCCGUUACAGUGGCGUGAUUGUGAAAUUAUCUUACCAUGACGAGACAAGAUCUGAGCCAUAUUCAAUGCAAUAUGAAUGGAUGACAUUUGUGCAUUUAUCUAUUUAAUAUUACAUUACAUUAAUGUUUUGAGACGAGCAAAGGAAUCGGAUGUGUUUUUUUUUUUUCCCAUUGUUGGCAGCUGAUUGGUUUCUAAAAUGCCAAGUCGGUUGCGUUUGACAGAUGAAUGACUAAACCAAAAGAAUGCCGGCGAGAGUUAAGUGUGGCGUUUCAAACAUAUGCUUAGUCCAUGUCACAUCACUUAUGUGGGGAAAUGCCCAGCGACGGGUCUGCAUGAAAAUCCGGAUCACGCUGAGCCUUGGUGAGAUCCAUUUACAUACGAGUGAUCUGCUGUGUUAUCUAGUAUCAUUUUAAAGCAUUAUUGUGCAUGGAAAUUUUGUUACCUCUCUGGAUGUUUCUACCCCUCAGUGGUUAUGUAAUGAAAUGGCAUUAUUUCUUUCUCUCUAUCUCUUUUUUUUUUUUUUUAAGUUAUAUGAAAAAUAUGAAAUUGUACAAUGGUUGUAUUUUCUUUUUUUUAUCCUCUAAAAGAUGGGACUACUUGAAUGUUUUAGUUUUUUUUCUAAUUUCUAAAUAUCUAUUUUAGGUGUGUAUGAGGUCAGAGUAGAUGUGGAGAUGGGGAGAUGUGGAGAUAUCACGUUGCACGAGCUCAAAACUGGGAAUGUUUCUCAUUAAAAGGCAGUUGGAUGGAAAGCACCAGUGUUGUGUGUGUGUGUGUGUUUUGUGGACAGUCCUAGAUUACCCUAAAAUAAUACCUAAAAGAAACCGCUCCAAUACAUCUUGUCAUAUUACCGUUUGGGCUCUUUUCUGAUGAACAACAAUGAAUCAAUGGGACGGAUGGGAAGUUUCUGUUGAAUCAUUUGACUCUGAGUCACCUCUAACUUACUCGGUGAUGACGUUUUGUUUUGGCCCCGCCCCCAAGCACAUAAAUACUGUACCGAAGCUUCGCUUUGCUCCGAGAAAACCCCGGACAUUGAACGCGGAGUUAUUAUCUGCAUAUCUGAGCAGGGAUCAACAGCACAGCAACGGUGAUGCCCGGACGUUUGAGACGGACAGUCUGGAGUUCAAACUCUUGAUGGCAUACACCCGUAAGAGACGUCCCACCGAAGCCCUCCCGUCUUCACCACAGCCGGAUGAAGAUCGCAGCAAACCAAAAAGAAAGGGAAGAAAGCCCAGACUGUCUUUCCUCAUAAAGUGUAUUAAACCACAGACAAAUGAAUCACCUGUACAGCAGCCAGCGACGCUGUCUUAUUCAGAUGAUAAGAAAGCGGAUGAUCUGGAGGACAUGGUCUGUGAUCUGACAGAGAUAUCAGACUCUGUGCAGUUUACUCCCUGUGAUAUAGAACCAGACUCUGAUGAUGUUGUGGAAAAGCUGGUUGAGCUUCUCAGAGAACAUGGGGAUAAACUGGACAAGAAGAUUAAAGAAGACAAGGUGUUACACGAGAAGCUGCAGUCCUCUCUCACGUACGGCUUCUUCAAGAAAGUGAUGGAAUCUCUCUGUGGAAGUGUUUCUCCUGAUGUGCCUCCAGAGCAGAAAGACCAGAAAGUGAGUGUGGCUCUGGUCUGUGAGGCCACCAGUCAGCUUGUAGGCGUCCACUACCAUCCCAUGACCUACGUGCUGGGUUUAGGUGCUCAGUAUCUGCAGGAAAAAUACUCCACGUGGAUUAACAGAAACGUACAAGUAGGCAUUGGAAAGGUCAGCGACGAAUCCAAAGAGGAAGUCCAGUGAGCGGAAGAGCUGCUCUCAUCACAUCUUUCUCAGGGGCACAGGCACUUUAUUAACCCGAAAAAAGUGAUUUUCAGUGAACCAAAGGGGAUGUAGCUCGCUUUUGUCCUCCACUACACGUUCAUGACAUCCAAGAGAGAAAAAGAGGUAGUUAAUAGUGCCAAGCGUAUGUACUCGUACCUCACUGGAAGUGCUACGGAAACUGCCUGGCAGCUGCCUGCAAAAACCUUGAAAACCAGCAUUAUGUUUAGCUCAACUAUUUUUGCAAUUCAAAGAGGUACGAUUGUACUUUUGUCGUGAAAUGAACAUAUUUAUUUUCUUUAGCCAGUUGUUGUAGUAUUUAAAAGAAUGGAAAAAAAAAUCUUAUUGAUGAAUUUUUGCGCUUUAAUGUUGGAGAAAUAAACUAACUGUGAAAAUUUCA